CGAUUACCGCGGAGAUGUUUCUGUACGGAGUCGGACUGAUAAAAAAAAGCCCACCAGCGGCUAAUGGGGGACCGCAAUUAAGGUUGCACCCAGUGAAAUCUCUCCUUUUCCCAACUCAGCGUGGAGAAAGCAGUGGCGUCCCAGUGUAUCAGCCACAGACACGUUACAAUGGCAGAAGGAGACCAUCCGAGCAAUGAAAAUGGCAAAGUGGAAGCUGGACCUGAAGAUUCUGACAGAGGUGUAGCUGCUAUUAAAGCCCAAUAUUUAACUACCAAGGAGAAAUUUCAUGGUUUUAUUGAUUCGGCCAAUAAAGAAGACACAGAAGUGACGGUUUCUUCUGAGCAGAGCAGCGAUGCUGGUGAGAAUAGUGAUGUCUCAACAGAACCUCAAGCGAAAAGGACUAAGCUGGACGAUGACCACGAUGAGCGAAGUGAAACGAAUGAAGAGAAGAAGAGGGCGAGAGGCCAGAACAAAAGUCGACCUCACGUGAAAUUUUCACACCUUGAGCAGCAACGGUUAUGUCCAUCAAUCACACAGGAAUGUGCCAGCAAAUGUUUUUUCACUGACAAAUGCAAGUUUUUGCAUGACAUUGAGAAAUACUUAUCGGGGAAGCAAGAAGAUAUUGGCCCUAAAUGCUACCUGUACGAGACUUUUGGUAAGUGCAUUUAUGGCAUUACUUGCCGUUUUGCUAAAUCACAUUUGGGCGAGGAUUUCAAAAACCUGAUCAAUGAGGAAUUGAUAAAGCAAUGGGAAGGAAAAGUUUUGGUAAAAAACAGUCUGGGCAAAGACCUGCAGCAGCAGUUACGAAAGAAGAAAGUUUCAUUCGAGAAAGCAGAGAAGUACUUGAAGCUUUUGAACAAGCCCCCAAACUCAAGGAACGUGGAAGACAAAGCUGAGGUUGGUCCUGCACCUCAGGGUGUCUCAGUGGGAUCUGCUACUACUGAAGGAGCUGACAUCAGUGUGCGCGCCGGCAAGAUCGAUACGGAGGGAACAACUGGUCUUCCUGCAAGUGAGAUCAGCACGGAGUCUCCGGGGCAAAUGACACAUGGUGGCCUGCGGGAAAAUGCUCGGGUGACGCUCGGAGCUGUAACGGAUGAGGAUAUUAUAAGACUCAGGCCAUGUGAGAAGAAAACCCUCGACUUCCGAAACAAACUGUAUCUAGCUCCAUUAACUACGUGCGGCAAUCUUCCAUUUAGAAGAGUAUGCAAACGCUAUGGAGCGGACAUCACAUGUGGAGAGAUGGCCAUGUGCACUAACCUGCUCCAGGGCAAGCCUUCAGAAUGGGCGCUGAUGAAGAGACAUCACUCCGAGGACCUGUUUGGUGUACAGCUAGAGGGCGCUUUCCCUGACACUAUGACCAAGUGUGCUGAGCUGCUUAACAGAACCAUCGAUGUGGACUUUGUCGAUAUUAAUGUCGGAUGUCCUAUAGAUCUGGUGUACAAGAAGGGUGGUGGCUGCGGCUUAAUGACUAGGACGAGGAAAUUUGAGGGAAUUGUGAAAGGAAUGAACUCUGUUCUAGAUGUGCCGCUGACUGUGAAGAUCAGAACUGGAGUUCAGGAAAAAGUCAAUCUAGCUCAUAAACUUAUUCCAGAGCUUCGGGAGUGGGGCGUUUCACUGGUUACACUUCACGGACGAUCCAGAGAGCAGCGUUACACAAAGCUUGCUGACUGGGAUUAUAUUAAUUAUUGUGCUAAAAUUGCCGACCCUCUUCCCUUGUUUGGUAGUGGAGACAUCUUCUCUUUUGAGGAUGCAAACCGCGCCAUGCAGACGGGCGUCUCUGGGGUCAUGCUGGCAAGAGGGGCACUUGUAAAGCCCUGGCUUUUCACGGAGAUAAAGGAGCAGCGGCAUUGGGACAUUUCCUCUUCGGAGAGGUUGGACAUCCUCCGGGAGUUCACUAACUACGGCCUGGAGCACUGGGGCGCAGACGCUCAGGGAGUGGAGAGAACGAGGCGGUUUAUGUUAGAGUGGCUCUCCUUCCUCUGCAGAUACAUUCCAGUUGGCUUAUUGGAACGUGUGCCUCAGAAGAUCAAUGAGAGGCCCCCCUACUACAUGGGAAGAGACUACGUGGAGACCUUAAUGGCGAGUCAGAACGUGACUGACUGGAUAAAGAUCAGUGAGAUGUUGUUGGGUCCCGUUCCGCAAAAUUUCACCUUCCUGCCGAAACACAAAGCCAACUCUUAUAAAUGAGACCUUUUGUAUUUGGAACACUUGCUCAUCCUUUUUUUUUUUAAAUAAAUGAUCUAUGAAAUGUG